AUGCUGUGGAAAAGCGCUUUCCUUCUUGGUGCGCAGCUUGGCAGCGUCAUCGCCAGAGACCAACAAUUUCUCGGAUCAGACGGUCAUUCUCUCGACGAAAUUCGGGACAAACUUUUAGAGUCCCAGGUUAUCCCAACAGUCAUCGAUGACUUUCCCCCCACUCUCGCACUCAGCGCAUCAUGGAAACAUGACUCCGCAGAUCUCGGCAACACCCUCAAGCCAGACCAUCUCAAAAAAGCACCCAAUGUCCAUCUCGACCACGUGAAAUCAGACCCGGCCCUUGAAGCUGUUCUCAAGAAGAAAAUGAGCUAUGUCAUCGUCCUCACCGACCCCGACGCACCAUCUAGGGAUGAUCCCAAAUGGUCAGAAUUCUGCCAUUGGAUCGCGGUAGGAAGAGCUAAGACCUCAUCUAAAUCAGCCAGGAAUUUAUCAAAGAAGCACAAGAAGCAUAAGAAGUCUAAGCAUCAUCUAAAGGAUCUUAUCAAGUACAAAGCUCCUGCUCCGCCACCAAAGACCGGCAAGCAUCGCUAUGUCUUUCUCGCGUUUGUCGCAGCGAAUGGAACGAGUGAGAAGCUUCAUCUAAGCAAACCUGGAGAGAGGAAACAUUGGGGUUCAGACCAGCCUGUGUAUGGUGUCCGGGAAUGGGCUCAUGAGAAUGGUCUUGCUCCUGUUGCUGCAAAUUUCAUCUAUGCAGAGAACGAAGAACAGUAA